UCUCUGUUUCUAUCAGAAGAAAGUUGUUAUGCUGCUCCUUCAUGGGAGAGGACAUUUUGCUCUUAUGUGUGCCGAGUUCCUUGGAGAAAAAUAUGCGACGCCGAUAGAGUAUUGUGCAUCCACAAGAACAUCGCCAACUGGGACGAUUCUGCAGGACGAGAAGCAUUCCAAAAUGCGAAAGCACGCUAUUGGGCAAAAAUUAAUGGUCUCCCUUGUAAUAUUCCGCUGCCUGAUCCAUACAUGUACGUUGAAAAGGUUGAUUUUGAUACUUUUGUCGAUCCCAAGCUCACUGCAGAUUUAGAAAGAAGUUUCUUCAAUCCCGAUGUGAAUAAUGAAUCCGCCGCAAGUCAUUUGGAUUCUUCUGAACAUAAACCCGUGCCUCCAAGAAGUUGUGGUGAGGCGGAGCAAUCUUCCUCAAAUUGGGACAAGUAUAUUGAAAAGCCAACUUUAGCUUCAGUAUGGGAUGAAAUGGCUGCCAAAAAUAGUUGGGGGGAUGGAAUUGCACAAAAUGAUCCAUGGCAAAGCAGAAGAAUUUAUUCAAUGGAUGCUGAUGGAAGGGAAGCUUCGUGUGGAGUUAGCUGGAAAGAUCAGGAUGAAGCAUGGAGGCAUCACCAGAGCUGGAAAAAUGGUGAGGAUAGAAGAAAUAGUGAUUGGAAGAACAUGAAUUCAAGCUGUACAGUACAUGAUGAUAGAAUGAACAGUAGUUGGAAGUUUUCUGGUAGCAGCGGCAGGAAUAACUAUUUGUUUGAGAAGAAGGUGCAGCCCCAGAGGACAUGGCAGCGCGGUCAGUUUUUAGGAUCAAGGAGUGAUCAAAGAACAGGAUAUUCUGGUGCUCAAUUUCAAUGGGAGAAUGCAGUUUCAUAGUGUUGUUCUUGAAGAUGGAGUUUUGAUUUAUACCUUGAUGAUUCAUAUAGGGGAAGCAAAGCUUCUGAUAUAUUUUUCCAUCAGAAGGGGGCCUCAAAUUUGCUGGAUUUGUUUUGAGAUGAGCGCAAUGUGAAUUAUUCAUGUAUGGUGCUGAUCUCAUGAUGAAUUCAAUGAUUUUUAGGCUUAUUCUAAUCAAAAUUGUAUCUGAAUAUUCUGAUAUAGUUUUUUUUUUUGGGGAAAUUUA